AGACAGGAUAAGACACAUCUCUACAUGAAGUGAAUGAUGACAGAGAUAAAACAACUUUAGGAUCAUACUAACUCCAACACCCUACACUGAGUGGAUCUUUUACGGACUCAAAAUGAAUUUGUUCUGAGAAUAUGUCUCUACGAAUUGAAGCAGUGGACCUCUGCUGUCCUGUCUGCCAUGAUGUCUUUAAAGAUCCUGUUGUCCUGUUGUGCAGCCACAGCUUCUGUAAAACCUGUGUGGAGAGCUGGUGGACUGAGAAAGAACUACAGGAGUGUCCAGUUUGUAAGAAAAUAUCAUUAAUGGCUAAACCAUCCUGCAACUUGGUAUUAAAAAGGCUGUGUGAUGCUUUAUUACGACAGAGAGAGGACCAGAGGGAUUUAGAACCUAUCUGUAAUCUGCACUCUGAGAAGUUCAAACUCUUCUGUCUGGACCAUCAGCAGCCAGUUUGUGUCAUCUGUCGAGAUUCAAAAGCACACAGAAAUCACAGGUUUAAACCAAUCGAUGAAGCGGCACAGGAUCACAGAGUGGAGCUCACAAAGUACCUGACGCUCUUACAGGAGAAACUGAAGCUCCAUGAACAAGUCAAAGGAAAGUGUGAUCAAACAGUAGAGCACAUAACAGUCCAGGCCCGACACACAGAGAAGCAGAUUAAGGAACAGUUUAAGAGGCUACACCAGUUUCUCCAAGAGGAAGAGGAGGCCAGGAUCAGUGUUCUGAGGGAGGAAGAGGAGCAGAAGACUCAAAGGAUGAAGGAGAAGAUGGAGGUUUUGAGUGGGGAAAUCCAGUCCCUGUCAGAAUUAAUCCGAGCCACAGAGGACGAGCUGAGAGCUGAGGACACCUCACUCUUGAGUCGAUACAAGGCCACAGUGGAAAGACAGCAGCAGCACCCCCUGCUGGAUACUCCUCAACUAGGGCUAGGAGCUCUGAUAGACGUGGCCAAACAUCUGGGCAACCUGAGCUUCAACAUCUGGAACAAGAUGAAGAAGAUGGUCUCCUACACUCCUGUGAUUCUGGAUCCAAACUCUGCUCAUUCAGAACUCAUCUUGUCUGUAGAUCUGACCAGUGUGAGUCAUGGGAAGAAACAGAAGCUUCCAGAAAACCCAGAGAGGAUUGACUGUUAUCGAAUUGUCCUGGGCUCUGAGGGGUUUAAAUCAGGGACUCACAGCUGGGAUGUUGAGGUGGGAGACAACACAGACUGGUUUGUUGGUGUAACAGGAGAAUCUGCACACAGGAAGGGGAAACGGAUGUCUCAGUUAUGGAGAAUGGGGUUGUAUGAUGGUAAUUACACAGCUCGUUCUUUAUCAGAUCCCUCUAUUGUUUUGUCAGUGACGAAGAAGCCCUAUAAGAUCAGGAUCCAUCUGGACUUUGAUAGAGGAAAACUGUCAUUCUCUGAUCCUGAUAUGAACACUGACAUACACACCUUCACACACACUUUCACUGAGAGGCUGUUUCCAUACAUUAACUCUAUAAAUGUACGUCCAUUGAAGAUAUUACCUGUGAAGAUCUCUGUCUGCACUGGUUGUACUACCAAAAUAUAGCAAAUACUGGUUAACUCAGCAAUGAACCUAAACUCUUGUUUAGUUUUUAAAUAUGUCUAGAAAUGCAGGUCCUACUUUAUUCUAGUUUUAUGGCAGUUUGCUGUGCUCUUUGUUGUCUUCAAUGACUGCUUUACUCAGUUGUCUCAUAAAAACCCUUGCGUGGACAGGAUGUGAAAUUAGCACUACUAAUACUAUGACAUUUGCAUUGUAAAGAUGGAAUCCGGUUUUAUCUAUUUAAACUAUGGACCAUUUGUUCAUAUUAGACAAACCACAAACAGAGCAGCCAAAAUCCAAUAAAUUAAUACUGGGGAAAAAUUCCAACCUGAACUGACAUCCUCCACAUCUAUAAUUUCUUUUCAGUGUUUUGUCACUUUUUACAAAUUUGUAAUCACUGAUUCAGUAAUAUUGAUUGAAAAUUGUGUCAAAUUGGAAAACAAACAAUAAAACAU